AACACAGAGUUUAGUGAAAGGCGAGAAUUUCUGUGAAAUGUGGUCUAAGUGUUCAGUCCUAUGUCUAAAACCUAGGAGAGAAUGGAAGGGAGAAAUGUGCCUGUGAAACCCAUUGUUAAUGUAAAUGCAUCUGCUGAAAACUGGGCCUGGAGCCUAUAUGGAUUUUGUCCAGGUUUUCCAUGAAUUCAGUAUUCCUGACUCACGGGUAGUCAGUGCUUAGGAAUCCUCCAGGACUCACACUCAGAGAAGUGGAUGAGAGCUGCCAGUUCAUAACCGGGAGGAGAGGUGCUGAAGCCACCAUCAGGAGACCCUGAGACUUGGGCACACACACCCUCCUGCGUAGACUCCUUCUUCCCGGACAGGAAGCCGAGUUGAUUGGUGUCUGUUGUUGCAGGAGAUGCUGGUUUGGAGAUGGACAUGCUAGAGGACCUUGAGACACUGCAGUUUGAGUAUGGGAUUCAAGAGGAAGACCACAGCUGGCUGUAUUUGCUGCGCCGUUCUCAUGGGCUGAUGACCAAGGCCUGUGCCCAUGCAACAUUCUUCUGCAAGCUACUCCAUAAUUUGAGAAAAUCAUUACAGGAGAAGCAAACUUCUAGAUGUCGCUUGGCUGGAUUGCGUGAAGACACUCCUGAUGACGAUGCGUUAAAGGUGGGCAUCAUUGGAGGCGGCCACCUUGGGAAGCAGCUGGCUCACACACUGCUUCAGCUUGUCCCCAUCCCAGCUGACAGCCUGAGGAUCUCCACUCGGAGGCCAGAGGCCCUAGAUGAAUUCAAGAAACUGGGGAUCCAGUGCUUUUACUGUAACUCUUCUCUGGUGGAGUGGGCCAACGUGAUAUUCCUCUGCUGCCUGCCAUCUCAGCUGUCUAGUAUCUGUGCAGAAAUUCAAACCAGCCUUGGAAAAGCCUGCAUUGUGUACAGCUUUGUGGCUGCCGUCCCACUACCCAGGUUGAAACUCCUACUGAAGCACACCAAUGUCUUGCGGCCUCAGUAUCAGUGUGUUGAAGAUCUUGCCAGCAUCUGGGGGGCCAAUAAGGAAAUCACAGCUGCUCUCCAAGACCCUGUGAUUCUUCAGGCUACCUGUCCCUACAGUCCUGCUGGGGGAAUAAUCCUCAAUAUCAAAUGGUUGGAGGGAGUGUUCUAUGCAGUCAUAAAUGUCUGCACAGAAAAGGACAUGCCCCACUCACAAGUGCUGCAGCUUCUGAAUGAACUGUUCCUCGCCAAGCACUUUGAAGCCUGUGAGAAAGAUAGAGCGUCUUUCCAAAAAUUUCAAGCACAAGAUUUUGUCAGCAAAGCCUAUGCCAAGAACCUGUCUCGGAAAAGGCCUUUCCCCUGGUUUGAUCUGACUGCUGUGCAACUCAAGGAAACUCCCUUUAGCCAGUAUCUCUCACACAGCACUACUUUUCAGGACAACCUUACCCACCUAUACUGUGAUUCAUUUGGUAUCACCCUAACCAAAGAACAAGAGCCAGAGGUUUCCACAGGUUUUUCAUCCCAAUAAGAGAAGAGACCUCAGGAAUCAGGAUGUUUUUCUCCCUCUACAGU